AUUUCACAACAUUUCUGUAAAGUGUAGUGACUGUAUUUCUAGAUGAACACACUUUCAGAUUGAGUGUAACAUGAAUGAGCAACUGUUUUAUCCAAUCCGUAACCUGUGCACAAAUUGAGCUCAAGUCAUCAACAUUACAGCCAUUUCGUAUUGAUUAUAUAUAUAUAUUGAAACCUUUGUAUACAGUUUGGAUUGGAAAAUGUCCAGGAGAGACGAUGGUGGUAAUGAUGGCUCAUUGACCACACUGUGGGUGUGUCUGGGAUUUGUGCCUCUCGUUGCUGUCUUUGCUAUGGUUGCAACCUACAUCAGAAUGGAGCUGCCGAACAAUGUGAAGGGACCUGAAGAAGCUAAUGUAGGCCAAUGUCCACAAGGCUACUUUAAACUGGGAGAAAUGAGUGACUGCUUGCCCUGGCUGUCCUGUGAGGUGAUAAAAAGAGACAUUAUUGUAAGGGAGCUGAUCGGGCAAGGUGCCGUCAAGCAGGUUUUCCUGGCUCUUUGGAGAGGAAACAAAGUUGCUCUUUCCAGACUUGCUGUCCCUAAAUUCAAGGCUGACUUCAUUCAUGGACUGGAGAUGCUGAAAGGUUUACAAAGCGUGAAUGUAGUCAAAUUGUUAGGAUUCUGUGAAGAAAAUCACAGUAUUCUCACCAAGUACCACCCUCUGGGGUCUCUGAACAAUCUCAAUGCUGUGAUGGAACAAGAGAGAUACCUGGGAUUGAAUACUUGGAGGACUCGAUUUCACCUCGUGAUUGAAUACGUGUCUGUACUGAACUAUCUGCACAACAGCCCCUUGGGCACCCGAGUCAUGUGCGAUUCCAAUGACCUGGAUAAAGUUUUGUCCCAAUAUUUGCUGACGUCAGAGCUGCACCUGAUAGUUAAUGAUCUGGAUGCUCUUCCAGUUGUGAACCGGAGCUCUGGGGUAUUAGUGAAGUGUGGUCACCGGGAGCUGAGUGGACACUUUGUGGCUCCAGAGCAGCUCUGGCCCUAUGCCCAUGAACUUCCGUUUUCUGACCACCUCAUGCCUUCGUAUGAUGAAAAAACAGAUGUGUGGAAAAUCCCCAAUGUAGUGGACUUUUUGCUGGGGCAAGUGGAAGGCAGUGAUGUAGUGAGGUUUCACUUGUUUGAAUUACAUCGGGACUGCAAAGGGACCCCACAGCACAGGCCUUCUGCUCAAACUGUUCUUCAGACUUACAAAGCUGUGUAUGCCUCACUGACACAAGAAGCAGAUGUGCCUGACCCACGAAACGACCUGUAAGGAACUAAGUUGGGGGAACUUAAUUCUUAAUUGAACUUAAUUCUUGUGGUGUGCUGUACAUUUUCUCCCAAUAAAAUUUCUUCUAUAUUAGAGGUUUUGAAAAAAAA